AUGAUAGCAGAGCAUCUUCUCCUACAGCUGCGGGAGUUUUUUGAGGUGUGUGCUCCGCAUGGUCUGGACUCCAUACAUGCAGUCGGAUAUGUGUUGCCAGCCUCCACAACUAGACUCACGGCCGCACAGAAGUACAUAUUUUAUGCUGUUACGCAAUUAUUUGGGAUCGACACCAAAGAGAAGUUCGUGCUCCUCCUGAGUUUUUCUGAUGGACAGGACGUGUCGCCAGCCAUCAAUACUGUGAAGAGCUCGAAGCUCUUCUAUCGAGAGAGAUACAACUUCAAUAACUCUGCUCUCUACGCAUGCAAUGAGGACUGCAUGCAAAAAAUGUUCUGGGUCAUGGGACAAAAGAACAACAAGAUGUUCCUGGAGUCGUUGGGCAAUGAGGCAUCCAUCAGCUUGGAUCUGACGAAAGAGGUGCUCGUCGAAAGAGGAGCCCUGGCGAAGGCCUUGAAAAACUUGCAAGAGGAUAUCCAAGGAGUGUCUUCUAAAAUUUGCGAUCUUCAAGAGCAAUGCAGGGAGCUCAAGAAGAAGGAAUUGGAAGUCUCGCAGACCAUGGACGUAGUGGAGGAUUGGUUUAAAAUUCACUUGGAAAAGGAAAAGGCCAUCAACUGCUCCAACUGCAAACAGACCACCUGCGAGUAUCCAGCCACGAUAUCAAAGUCCAAGGACAUCAAGGAGAGCAAAUGCAUUAGACCCGGCACUAAAUUCAAAUGCAAAAAGUGCCGAUGCUCAUGGAAGACUCAUCGACUGGAAGCUAAGAGAUACGAAGUGAGAACAAUCUCCAAGUGCAAGGGUGUCGAAGGUGUCGUGAAGGUCGCCGAGAAGAGACAGCUCAAGAGUCAACUGAGACUGCUAGCCAUGAGCAUUCGGAGGAGCCAGGUGGAGCUGGUAUGUCGGAUUCAAGAAGCUCACGCGACCAAGAUUCGACUCAAAGAAAUCUCUCUUAAUCCGGACCCCCUUCCUUUGGAGGAGUACAUCGAAUUCCUCAUUCAGGCAGAGAAGAAGAACAGUCAGGCUGGGUUUCUGAGGCGGAUUGAGCAACUUGAGCAGGUAAAGCAAGUACGCAAAGUUUGGAAGGAGAUACUAGAUGAGAAGGUCUCAGGUACGUAUUCCGUGUUCCCCGACGUCAUGUCUGUGUUGAAGAGAGAAGGAAUCGAUUUUCAGAGUUUGGAAAGCGAAUUGCUCCAUGGAGAUUGGGAUGACGAAACACCGAGAGGUAUGAUAGAGACAUUCAAAACAUUGUUCAAAAGGUUGGGGAAGAAUUCCAAGAAGAAAUGA